UCGUAGUGGACCUGCUGUGCAGUUAUGAUGAAGUCAGACAAGCUUUUGAGUGGCAGACACUCUUCCCCGGGUCUUACAUUCAAAAGCUUGUCUUUCUUUAUCCAAGUUACAUCGUUAGUCCAAGCAAAGAGCUUGCCCUCAGAAACCCUCGCCUCGCAUCGUUUCUGGACCACCGUGGCUACAACAUCAGUCUCACCCUCUUGCAAUACAGGAAAGCCUGAUGAUGAGGAAAAGUGGCAAACUUGAGAGGGGUGGCAUUAAGAGGCAGGCUUCCCUGAAUCCUAAUAGUGCAGCGAGUUGGAGGAUUUGGAUGGAAACACACUGGAAAGUGAACACUGGGGCUUUCUUGUAUAACCUUUUUCUUUUUUGGAAAAUGACACCACUUCCAGGUCUGAAUUAAAAUGAGCUACACAGUGUUUUAAGAGCUUCUUCACUAUUCAUUUUAGUUUUUUGCCCAUUUUUGGCUCAAUUUAAUUGGCUCGCAAUGUACUUCGCUCAUACAGAUACGGGAUAAGUGUAUAAUACACUUAAAUGCAGAAGGCAGCUCCAGUUCAGAUUUAUCGCCCAGUGUUUCCAUUACAAUAGAUGUUAUCUCUCUGCAUGUCAGUUAAAUGCAUAAAUCAAUUAAGUGCAUAGCAUCUUUCAACCUUGCCAUCUAUUUUGUAACAUAACUGUAUUCUGGUUAACUGCAUGGAAAUAGGGAAAGUGAAGCAGCUGUUUGAAGCCUUAAAAAUGAUGAGAGCUACUCAAUUUCAUGGCUAUUAUCUCCCCAUAUUUUCAAGGUUUCUAAUAGUAGGCCCCAAACUAAUUAUUAGCAGCCUUGAAAUGAGAAGUCAGUUUGGGGGCUACCAAUAGCACAGCACUAUAAAUAAUGCUCAUUAAGCGUGCACUGCAGCAGCCUCAAAACUCAAACCUUCUUGCCUUUUCAAAAGGCCUACUAGUCAAUUCCAGGGCUCUUAGAAGCCUUGAAGAUGAAGGGAAGGGGCCAUUUUGCAGCUACUAAUAGCAAACAAAGAAAGUGCGGAGUACUUAUAGUUUUGGCUUUUUUUUUACAUAGUUUGGAUAAAUACUCCAGGUAUGUACAUAGCCUUUUUCAACUUUGAGGCUGUGUAUCUAAAUGCAGCAUGACCAGGCAUAUAAAACUUAAAAUUUUUUAUUGUCUAACUAGCUCUUAAGUGACCCAAAUUACAUAAUGUUUAAUUUAGACAUGGUCUUGAUUUCUUUUCUUUGAUUUAUUUAAACUUGCAAUUCUAGUAUUGUGUUAAUAAAGGCAUGAAUAUACAAUUUUCUUGACAAAAAAGGAAGAUGGAGGAGAAGAGAGGAAAGGAGAAAUGUAGAUGUUACACUCUAUAGCAGUUGUGUGCACAGGUUUUCAUUCGGGCAAAGUAUCUGGCUUUCAGUAUUUUUUUAUAAGGAUAUUACCCAUCCUUAUUAAAUACUAGUCUCAUUUGAAGUUCAGAGAGUUCUGUUCUUUAAAUCAUUUUUAUGUAAAAAAGUAAUAUGCCGCUUCUAAAAGCAGAAGUGUAUAUUUUUUUUCCUAUUGGGGUAACUGAAAUUUAUUAAAAAGGAAAGUUUCAGCUUAGAAGAAGUACUAGAAAAAAGGACAUUACGCAGACUUACUGCAAACUUAAUGAUUGCAUUUAUACAUAUGAUAAUGUGCAUUUGUAAUACUUUGCACAGUAUUAUACUUCAGUUAUUAUAAAAAGGUUAUCCUUAAGUGCCACAAACAGGCUGGAAAGAUGAUAAUACUGUAUGCCACAGUUCAGAUAUUUUAAACUCAUUUUGAUGCUUACCAGAGUAAUGGAUUUGAGGCAGCUAUUUCAAGAAUUACAAAACAAAUAUAUGAGCGCCAAAGAUUUUUGUGGCUGGUAUCUUUUAUUGGACCAACUGCAUGGUUUGGAUAGACCUGGACAAACUUUUUGAAUGUGGUGUGUAUUUUUCUUCCUGUCACUUCAGGACCAUCAAAGCUACAUCACUUGAACACUACCAAAACAAGUAUACUUUUUUCCAAGUAACCCUGAAAACUGUCAGUGUCCUGAGCAACCGGCAUUUAGUCAAAUAAGGUAGACUUCUAUUUUCAAGUGUAGCUUUAGAAAUACGACUUUGUGACUCGUAUGUUUUUAACACACAGGCAUGAUGUUUAUGCUACAUUAAACUCGCUGAACAUUCUUAAUGCGUGACCUGGGCUGUUUCAAGGAUUUUUAUGUGCCGUUAAAGAGGAAUGUUGCUGUAACUGUCAAAGAACAUGAUGCAGAAUCCUUUAACGGUUUCUGGAGAUAAAUCCUCUUCCGGGACGAUACAAAGUGGAAAAGGUUUUCAGAAUAAAAGCCACUUUAGGACCAUCGCACCAAAAAUGGUACUAAAAGUUACAACAUCAGAAAUGGUUUCUUGUCUUCAGCCUUCUCUGCCUGAGCAAAGUACUGUUAGAGCUGCAAGCUCUAAACCACUUAUAGUGCCAACACAAAAUUAUGCUCUGAUGCAAGUUACUGGUCAUGAAGGAACUUUUUCUCUUGUGGCCUUGCCACAGGUUACUCCUGCACUAACCCAGCAAAUCCAUCAGUCAAACAUGUCCCCUUCUGAAAACCUCAAACUUCCUAUUCCUAGGUAUCAAUCUCUAAGAAGCAAAUUGCUGAUAGACAAAAAAACAACUCAAACCACUGCUUCAGGUACACAUAACAAGAUUCUUGUCAAGACACGGACUUCAUCACAGAUGCCACCAGUGACUGCCUCUACUGAAGACCAUUCUGAAACUCAAUCUAUGACUCGUGCAUCUGAACAAAUGAUAUUACUGGAUCAGGGGUCAACUGAAGUUACAGUUGCUACUUUGCUAAGCGAAAGCAACAAUGUCGAAUCUGAACCUCCUUUAUUGAGCAAAACGGACACUGCUAAAGCUAAUGUGUCAGAACCAUCUGCAGCUAAGGAACCUUUAUCCAAGCCAGUGGGUGUAAGUGAUCCACUGAAACUAAACUUACAUUCUAUGGAAACAGCAAAUGAAACCACAGGAAGCUCAAUUGUUGUAUGUGAGAAAGUUAAAGAAAAAACAGUGAAUUCUGCAAACUCUGUCACUGUCCUGUCACCAGCUGUUUUGGGCAACCCUGUGCAAUUGACUCCCUCUACACCAAAAGGAAAACUGCCUAUUUUGCCUUAUUCAAGAAUGAAAAAAACAAUGUUUUAUAAAUCUAAACCAAAUUCUAACAUUGCAAAUGCUGCUGCUCCUGUGCAACCGUCUGAUUGUGAAAAAAUGCCAUCUUUGGUGAAAACCUUAACUGUUUCUAGCAAAGUUUCUGGUAAACUGUUACCUAUAUCUUUUGCACAAGUCUCCAAACAACCCACGUGUGAAAAUGCCCUCUGUCCAGCAAGUAAAGUAGAUGUUGAUAAUCCAAAGAAAUUGAAUGCUGCAGCCUUGAAGAGAAGAGGCAGAAAACAAAGAAUCCCAGAUGAUAUAUUGGCCUUUCAGACCAAAAGAAAGAAGCGCAUUGUUAAUAAGUUUAGAGAAGGUAAAGAGAAAAUAAAAGUUGAUCCUCAGGAACCAAAACACAGAAAGGGAGAUGAAGUAAAAAAAUACCGUAGUAUUAGGCCAAAACCUGUUGUUGUUAUGCAGGCUUUAGCUCCACUAACAUCUGCAGCCAUAAUUGGGUCCAAAUCUCCUGACCAGGUAAAACAAGACACUUAUUUGAAUAAUUCACUUCCCAAUAAAUAUUUAAGUCAUAAACAGAGUGAAGAUGUUUCUGCUAAACCAAGUGAUUUGUGUAGGAAUAUAUUUUCUACUGUACCUAAGAUGUGGCAUAAGUGCCAUGUCUGCAACCACAACUUCCAGUUUAAACACCAUCUUCAGGACCAUAUGAACACACACACAAACAGGCGACCAUACAGUUGUCGAAUUUGCCGUAAAGCAUAUAUUCAUUCAGGAAGUCUAAGCACACACAUGAAGCUUCAUCACAGUGAAGGUCGACUCAAGAAACUGGUGUGCUGUGAAUUCUGUUCUAAAGUAUUUGGACACGUAAAAGUAUAUUUUGGCCAUUUGAGGGAAGUGCACCGGGUUGUUAUCAGCACUGAGCUCUCCACUAGUGAACAACAGUUGCAGGAUGCUUUAAAGAUCAGAGACAUAAAUAUAAAAGGGGCAGAUGAAUCAAUAGAGAGGGAAAAUAAAUGCAAUUUUGAAGAUCUGUUUCAUAGUCAAGGAGAAGUUAAAGUACAGAUCAAAUGUGGCCAAUGCCAGUUUACUGCGCUGUCCUUUGCUGAAAUGAAGUUUCAUUUGCUGCGUGCUCAUGGAGAGGAGAUCCAAGGAAGAAUAAAGGAUGGAAUUCUACAAGGAGGCAUGGGACCACAGGAGGAACUGAUCAAACAUGCAACUCAUUUCUGGAAGCAGCACAAUGAGCGGCGAAAUCUGGUGAAACGUGCCCCUUAUGAGGAGUUCUAUACUUUUCCAAAAUUGAGAAGGCAAAUCUGUCUUCAUCAUGAAAAUAAUGGUGAUAUACUAACUAAAAAUGAGGUAAUUCAGUCAGGGAACAGUGAACCAGCAAAGGAGUUGCAAAAUAUUGGCUCUGCGCCACAAACUAAAAAAAUUCAAAUUUGGUCUAAAGCAGGAUAUAACUGCAUUUUAUGCAAGCAGGUAUUUGGAAGAAAAGAGGACCUUUGUGGUCAUUGGCAGAGUUGCCAUAAUUGUGAAGACCCUUCUGUUCUUUGGACUAUUUUUAAUUCAUUCUUCAAACAGGGGGUUAGUGAACUUUCUAAUACCGAAAAAUGAAGCAUUGACAACAUUCAGCUAGAAAAGUAUUCACCUCCAAGUUUACUGAAUGAUUUGUGUCUCAUUCACAGUAUCUCAAAAACUGACUCAAAAAAGUGUCACUUUUUUCAGUCAACAAUAAUGCUGUUUGUACAUAUGGUUUCGAUCUGUUUUGCUAAAUAGAAAACUGUGUAUUUGUAUUGUUGAUCUUUCCAGAUACGCACACACAAACCUGUUUUAUACCAGUGCACUAAGGGCGUUUAUAGACAUGCUCCGGGAGGUGGGGCUGGUGGGGGGGCGCUUUAAUUAGCAAGCCACAAUAAUUAAAAGUGCCUGAGUGUCACGUGUAUCAGUGUCCCCACACUCAAAAAAAAAAUGGCAGCAGGACACUUUGAACUAAAGCAUGUUCGACAAGCUUUAGUUCAAAGCACCCCACUGCCAUUUUUCAGUGCAGGUACACUGCACGUUAAAUUCAGUGUGUUAAUUUCCAUGCUCCGGCAGACUCAAUUAAUCGAGUCUGCUCCCACGUGCUGGAUUUAUAGCACGUGGGAGCAGCCUCCCUGCAUGUCUGUAAGUGCCUGAGAUGUUCGUGCAUUCAGAACUUCAAGCAGAAACAAGGAGGCAAAAUGCUAGAAGUUGAAAUUGUGAAGAAAAAAGAGCUA